AUGGUAGGGUUUAGUGAUGGAAGCAUUAUGUCGUUGAGACUGGAGAAUUUCCAAACGUUCAAGAAGACAGUACUGACGUUCUGUGCGUCUUUCAAUUUUAUAGUUGGAGCGAAUGGAUCUGGAAAGAGUAGCAUAGCGAAUGCGAUAGUGCUUCUGUUUGGAGGGACGCCUAGAUGCAUAGGCAGGGGAAAGACGAUUGGUGAGUAUGUAAGGUAUGGAGAAGAAGCAGGAAAGAUUGAGGCAUGUGUGCAUUAUGAAGGAAAGGAGCUGUUGCUUGGUAGAUAUAUAAGAAAAGAUGGACAAAGCAAGUAUUUUGUUGAUGGAGUUGCAUGCAAGAAGACGGAGUAUGAAGAUGUUAUACGAAGACUGAGAGGGAAUGUUGGAAACUUGUGUCAGUUCUUGCCUCAGGAGAAAGUUGCAGAGUUUACAAGACUAUCAUGUGAGGAGCUACUAAUUGAGGUACUUGAAGCUGUUGAAGAAGAGGAAGCAUUGAGAAUGAUCAAGGAACUUGGAGAGCUUGAAUGUGAAAAGAAGAAGGUGAUUGAGGAUCUUGAAGUAGAGUGCAAAAGGAAAGAAUGUGUAGAUAGAAUGGUAAAGUCUUUGGGAAGUGAUGUUAGAAAGAUGAAAGAGAAGGAGGAGAAGGAAAAUAGAAUAAAGAUGAUGCGUGAGAAAAAGGACUGGAUGAUUUAUGCAAAGUAUCUUGAGCGAUAUUUGGAGAGUAAGCGUGUUUUAAGCAUAUUGAAGAGACAGAUGGAAGAGAAAGCAUCUGAUGCCUCAAAGAUUGUGAAUGAGAUAGAAGAGCUGAAGUGUGAGGAGUCACAGAGUAGAAUUGAUUUACUAAUUCAUAUGCUUUAUGAAGAUGAUGAAGUGCUAUCGAAGCUAAUUAUUGAUUUGAAACGAAUUCAGCAUGACUUUGAAAUGCUAGAAGUAGAUAAAGAGUGUCUAAAAAAUAAGGAAGAUAGAAGAGAAGCAGAGAUAUCAAAUGCAAAACAAGAAAUAGAGGAGCUUGAGGAAGAGAUGUGCAAGAUUAAGGUACCUACAUGCCCAAAAGAAAUUAAUACAAGCAUAGUUUAUGAUCUUGAGGAAAAGGCAUCUAAUUUGAUGAGGAAGAGAGGAAAGAUACAACAUGAGUCAGGGGAACUAAAGCGCAGCAUUGAUGAUCUGAAUGGCAAGAAAAGAGGAUAUGAGCAAAUGGAAGAGAUGAGGAUGCAAAUUCUUAAGAAGUAUCAUAUUGAUACGUAUAGAGCAGUUUGCUGGCUCAGGGAAAACAGACAUAAAUUCAAGGGAGAGAUAAUAGAGCCGCCAUUUCUUCAUCUACGAAUCAAAGACGCGGAUUACACAAUAGAGGUAGAGAACUUCCUAGGGUUUCAAUCUUUGUCGCCUUUUAUAUGUAAACAGCCAGAAGAUUUUGAAAGGUUUGUGGAGAUCAUGAAAGAUGAGAAGAAAUGGAAGAUUAAUGUAAUUGAAGCCAUUCGUAGCGACGAGAGAUCUGGUGAUGCGAUUGUAAAUAAGGAUGUGUUAAUGAAGCUAGGGUUUGAUGGUGUUUUGAGUGAUUUUCUGGAGUGUAGGGACGAGGUUUUGGAUUAUUUGAAUGUUGUUGGCCAUUUUGAUCAGAUUCCGGUGUGUAAGAAAUGCAUUGAUGAAACGGUUGUGUUUAAAACGACGAAUGUGAGGAGGAUGGCGGCAGGAGGAAGAUACAUAGAAGUUAAGCGAAGCAGAUAUGGCGAGGAUUAUGUGAUAAUCGACAAUCCUUUGAAAGCCAGGAAUUUAUUUUCGGCAGGACUAUCUUUUCAAGAGCUGAAGGAAGUAGAGAACGAGCUUGAAUCAAAGAAUGCAAAAAGAAGACAAAACGAGGAAGAACUGAAGAGUGUUCUUAAAGAGCAUGAAAUGGUGGAUAAGCAACUACAGGAUGCUUAUGAAGAGAAAAGGCGUUAUGAUGCAUUGCAUAUGGAGGUAAAAAAGAAGGAAACACAAAUUAAGGUAUUGAAUGGAACUAUUGAGAGGAAGAAACAGGAAAUGAAGACACUUGAAACAAGAAGUGACUUAAUUAAAGAGAGCCAUAGAAUAGACGUAUUAGCAGAAGAAUUGGAUGAAAAGCAAGAAUAUAAGUGUGAAGAGAUCAAGAAGCAUUUAUAUAACGAGAAGUACUUUGAGAUGUUUUGUGAAGCACAGAGAGUAUCUAUAGAUGUAGUGAGGAUAAGAAAGAAGAGAACGACUCUGUUAGAAUGUAAGCAGGCAAUUGAUAAAGCAUUGAUGGAUAUUGAAAUCGAAGCACUUGAUAAGAAGAAAGAAUGCCGUGAGACUAAGAAGCUAAUUGAGGAGAAGAAGAGUAUUCUUAGUGGAAUUAACAAGACGGAAGAGUAUGAAUUAAGACUUGCAGAGCUUCCUAAUAGCAUACAGGAGCUUGACGAGGAGAUAUCAAAAGAAAUGGUACGAUUGAAGUUUUAUAAUGCCGAUGAAAAGGCAAUCAAUGAGCUUGAGACAAGUAUAUGUGAUUUAGAGCAAAUAAACCGCAAAAUUCAGGAUAACCGGGACAAUUUGAAAUCUAUUGAAGAAAACGUAUCAAAGAUCAAAGAGCAAGCAAUUUAUAAAAUUGAUAAAUUGACGCAUGACAUAGGAAAACUGUUUACAGAUCUAUUUAAGAUGACUGGAGGAGAUGGAAAGAUCAAGUUCGUUUCUGAUGACUUGGAUGUUUGCAAAUGGAAGCUGAACAUUAUGGUUAAAUUUAAUUCAGAACAGAACCUAGAAGUCUUAAGCUCACAUAGACAAAGCGGAGGAGAACGUUCUGUAUCGAUUAUUUUGUUUCUAUUGGCAAUGCAAGACCAUAUCGCAUCACCUUUUCGCCUGGUUGAUGAAAUAAAUCAGGGCAUGGAUGCUGAUAACGAGAAAUUGAUUCAUGACAUUCUUGUUACACUUAGUGAGCAGCAGAAAAUCGGCCAGUUUUUUAUGAUAACGCCAAAGAUAGUUCCAGGCCUUACAUAUUGUGAGAACAUGAAAGUUAUCGUUCUAUAUUCAUUCAAUGGACGAGUUGAUCAAGCUGAUUUUAUAAAGUAUAAGUUAAAGAUGCUUGCAUAG